GUCAAAACGUGUGUGUCUAUAUGCAUAUCUUAGGUUAAUUAUGUAAUAAUUGUACUUGCUAUUCGAACACCCCCUGCAUCUUAUUUUACUCGGACAGCAUAUCUUCUUGUUUCUUCUUCUUCCAAUCGUGCCGGCCUCAUUCCUCUCCUCUCUCUCUACAUUAAUUUGUUUUAUGUAAUUAUAUAUUUGUAAUAAUUUUAUUAUUAUUUUACGAAAUCUUGGAACUCAGCUUUUGUAUGAAUAACACCCGCGGCCUUGGGAGAGCUCUGUACUGUUGGGUGUAGAGAGAUUGUGAUGGCGGCAAUGAGAAGUUCUUCGCACACUAAACAAUCAUUACCGCCUCCCCCUCCUCCUCCUUCGAGUUCUUCUGGUAGUAGAAGUGGUGGAAAUAGUAAUCAUAAUAGUAAUGGGAAUGGGAGUGCUAGUAAUUCUACGCGUUCGAAACUUCCUCAAUCGUCUAGACGUUCUGUCACUCCCAGUUCUCGCUCUCGCUCUCCGUCACUCAAUGACCCAGAAAAUGGAAGAGUCCGUGUUGCUGUUAGACUUCGUCCCAGAACAGCAGAGGAUCUUGUUUCAGAUGCAGAUUUUUCUGAUUGUGUUGAGAUUCAGCCAGAGCUGAAGAAGUUGAAGCUAAGAAAAAAUAACUGGAGUUCAGAGGCCUAUAGAUUUGAUGAAGUGUUCUCCGGAGGUGCUUCACAAAGACGUAUAUAUGAAGUAGUAGCAAAACCAGUGGUUGAGAGUGUGUUAGACGGGUAUAAUGGGACAAUUAUGGCUUACGGUCAAACAGGUACCGGCAAGACUUACACACUCGGUAGGCUAGGUGAAGAUGACGCAUCUGAACGUGGUAUUAUGGUUAGAGCUUUAGAGGAUAUGAUUGCAAAUACAUCAGCAGCAUCUGAUAAUUUGGAAAUAUCCUACUUGCAGCUGUACAUGGAAUCCGUGCAAGAUUUACUUGCACCAGAGAAGAUUAAUAUUCCAAUUGCUGAGGACCCGAAGACUGGAGAGGUUUCAGCUCCUGGCGCAUCAGUUGUUGGAAUUCAAAAUCUUGACCAGUUUUUACAAGUACUGAAAGUUGGAGAAUCAAAUCGUCAUGCAGCAAACACAAAAAUGAACACAGAAUCUUCACGUAGUCAUGCAAUUCUUAUGAUUAAUGUUAGAAGAUCUGUCCAAGGGAACGAGGAAAAUGAUACAUCUACUAUUCGAAAGGAUGGCAGAAAUGACUUAUCUAACAGCCAUGCUAUACCUACUGUCAGGAGAAGCAAGCUGCUCAUUGUUGAUCUUGCAGGAUCCGAGCGCUUAGAUAAAUCUGGGAGUGAAGGUCACACAGCCGAGGAGACCAAAUUUAUCAAUCUUUCUCUGAGUUCUCUGGGAAAAUGUAUUAAUGCAUUGGCUGAGAAUAGUCCUCAUAUACCCACUAGAGAUUCUAAACUCACAAGAUUGCUCCGUGAUUCUUUUGGAGGUAGUGCACGAACUUCUCUAAUCAUAACUAUUGGGCCAUCUUCUCGUCAUCAUGCAGAAACCACAAGUACUAUCAUGUUUGGUCAACGGGCCAUGAAAGUAGUGAACACAGUAAAGCUAAAAGAAGAAUUUGAUUAUGAAAUCUUAUGUCGAAAGCUUGAGAAGGAAGUUGAUCACCUUACUGCAGAAAUGGAUAGACAGCUGAAGAUAAGGGAUAAUGACAUUAUUAAACUAGAACGAAAGCUUGAGGAAUGUAGAAGCUCGUUUGCUGAAACAGAAAGUAGUUUUGUAGCACGAUCUAAGUUACUAGAGUCGGAAAACAUUCGUCUAGAAUCCGGAAUGAAAGAAAUGCUAAAAGAACUCAAUCUUCAGAAAGAUCAAAACGAUUUAAUUUCCAAUGAAGUUGCACGACUAAAAGCGACAACUGAAACUAAAAAGAUAGUUGAAGAAGAGAAUUCUCGAUUACAGGCAGAGAUGAAAGAUAUACUAACGGAACUGAGUCUACAGAAAGAGCAUAAUAUUCUGAUGCAGGAUGAUAUUGCACGCCUUAAAACAAGUCUCAACCAUAACUCGAAACACCAGCUUGAAGAUUCUAUGAACCGGAAAGUACUUGCAGAGACUACCCAGAUUUAUGAGAAGAAAAUAGCGGACUUGACAAAGCAAUUGGAAGAUGAGCAUGCAUCUUCCAGACGUUUUAAGGAACAAUCAUAUAUGAUGGAGAAGAAAAUAGCAGAGUUAAUGAUGCAAGUGGAAGAUAAGUGUAUGCAAUCCGAAAGUGCUGAAAAGAAGUUAGUUGUGAUGAGGAUGAAAAUAUCGGAUCUCAUGACAAGAAUGGAUGAUGAGCGCUGUCGAUCUGAAAGUGCUAAAGAACAAAUAAUUAUACUGCAGAAACUCCUAAGUGAUAAUCAAACGUCAACUAAGCAGAUUGAACAUGAUACAGUUCAGAAGGCACUAGCAGAAAGCACUCAAAGGUACGAGAAGAAGAUAGCAAACUUAUUUCAACAAGUAAAUGAUGAGAAGGCUCGUUCUGUAGCUGCAGAGGAACAGUUGGUUGCAUCAAGGAAACUACUCGGUGAUGAUCAAACUAUUAUCCAGAUUUCCGAGAAAAAGGAAAUAGGCGACCUCAGAAGGAGAAUACAAGAGGUGUCACAGCUGCAUGAUGUAACUUUAGAUGAACUUCAGUCCUUAAAAUCAGACUACAAGGAUCUAUUAUCUGACAAGAUUAAAGAGAAGGAUGAUAUUGACAGCCUCAAAAGGAAAUUGCAAGAGAUGUCUCAACUUCAUGAAGUAACAGUAAAUGAACUGCAAUCCUUGAAAUCAGAACACAAAAUUUUGUUGUCUGAGAAGGACAAGGUGAAUGACGAACUCUGUGUCACGAAGCAAGCACUUGCUGCCGAGGAAAGACGAAGGAAGACUGUUGAACACGAGCUUGAUGUUUUGAAGAAGGUUGUCCCUGAAAGUGAAGAUGAAUAUGAGGAUAAGAGAUCAUAUAUGAAAGAAAACAUAGCUAAAGGAUCUUCAGCUUUACAAAAAUCAAACAAUGUAUCUAGAGAUAUAUUCUCCGGGCAAAGAACCACCAUCGCAAAAAUAUGUGAAGAAGUGGGGCUUCAAAAGAUACUGGCGCUGUUGACAUCUAGUGACAUUGAUGUGCAAAUUCAUGCUGUUAAGGUCAUAGCCAAUCUUGCUGCUGAAGAUGUGAAUCAGGAAAAGAUUGUCGAGGAAGGAGGUCUAGAUGCACUGCUUAUGUUGUUACGGUCAUCCCACAACACGACAAUACUUAGGGUGGCUUCAGGGGCAGUUGCAAAUUUGGCAAUGAAUGAGAAAAAUCAAAGCCUAAUUACAAGUAAAGGAGGUGCUCGACUACUAGCAAAUACAGCAUCCCGAACAGAUGAUCCCCAAACUCUCAGAAUGGUGGCUGGAGCAAUUGCAAACCUGUGCGGAAAUGAGAAGUUGCAUGUUUUGUUGAGAGAGGAAGGGGGCAUUAAAGCACUCCUUGGAAUGGUUAGAUCUGGGAACAGUGAUGUCAUUGCACAGGUUGCCAGAGGAAUUGCUAACUUUGCUAAAUGCGAAUCUCGAGGGAUUAAUCAAGGCCUCAGGAAAGGCCGCUCCCUUUUAAUAGAAGAUGCUGUUCUUGAAUGGCUGAUUUCCAAUUCGAAUAUUGCCUCAACUUCGACGCGGCGUCACAUCGAACUUGCUCUUUGCCAUUUAGCGCAAAAUGUGGACAAUGCCAAAGAUCUUAUAUCCUCCGGAGGGUUGAAGGAACUUGUACGAAUAUCAACAGAAUCCAGCAGAGAAGAUAUCCGCAACUUAGCAACAAAGACAUUAAGAUACAAUAUAAUGUUUCAAGCACAUACAUAAUCCCAAUGUAACAUCUAGAGCAGUAAGUUAUAUUAGAGCAAAUGAUCAUACAUGUUAUGACACCUGAACAAUAGAUUUUCAUUCUUAGAAAUUUCAGCAAAAAAUGUGCAGUAUGUAGGAUAAAAUGUGUUAGCUUAAACUUA